CAAGCUUCUCUAACUCCUAGAGAUCUUCACUACCACCUCUCUCUCUCUCCCCCCUUCCCCCCUAUAAACUCCUUAGUCUUCUCUUCUCUUCUUUGUGCAAAAAGCUCUUACUCUUUUCUGCUAAAACUUUUAUAUACUGAUGAUUCUCAGUCUUAUUUUAAAUGCUCUCUUAUCCCCUUCACGAUUCCAUCAUCAUCAUGACCACAGCUUCCAGUUGUAACAACUAACUACACACGCUCUCUCUCUCUCUCUCUCUCUUGAAACCCUGAAAUUCUUUUGACCCUGUUUUCUUUUUCUUUUCAUAAAUAUGGCUUUGAUCAAUUUUCCCACUGAUCAUAUCAAGCUUAGGAAAACGCUUUCACUCGAGAAAAAAUCAUUGAUGCUCAAAGAUUACCUGAGAGACGAUUUGGGUUCUUGCUCUUCUAGUGGUUUCAAAUCGUUUCCACGUCGCCAGUGUUGCACCACCAUCAGGUUUCUUCUGGAGGCCGACUUGAAGAAAUCUAAACAUAAUUACUCAAGCGCUACGAAACGGCUUCUUAAAAGAAGCCGUUCGAAGCCGGGUUCGUCGACCACCAUUUCAGCUCUGCAAAGAGCUUCAGAAUCCGUACUUAAAGCCAUCAAGCAGCUGCCUUUUCCGUUCACCAAGUCAUCGCCACCUUCGUCAUCGCAAAGCAACAGUUGCAGGAAGCUCUUCAAAAGAGGCUUUUGGAGAAAAAGUACUGACAAAGAAGAUCACGGCGGUGGUGGUGGUGAGAUCAAACGAUGGAAAUUGUUCAGCAAAUUACUUGAAGAUAAAAAUCAACCGCCUUAUCAGAAUACUAUUCCCAAUUACAACACCACCGACACUUGCUCUACUGUUAGGGUGUCUCCGAGCAGGAGCAAUAGCAGUUGGGCUGAAAGUGAAUUUACAGCGAACAAUUUACAGUCUUGGAGCGGUCACCCAGAGAGCUCGACUCAAAACGGCACCGUUUCAAGCAAAACGACUUCACCGGAGGAAAAAAAUGUCAGCAAUAUGGCAGGCGUAACAGUCGCUGAGGAUUCCAAGGAGGAUUGGGCGCCAAACGAAGAAGGAAAGGAACAGUUUAGUCCAGUGUCUGUUCUAGAUUGCCCUUUCGAUGACGAAGAAGAAGAAGACAAUGGCUCUACUUUCGAAGAUCACUUGGCCCGUGUGGAAGUAACCAAACAAAAGCUGAUGCAAAAGGUCAUAAGGUUCGAGAGGCUGGCUCAGCUAGAGCCUGUGGAGUUGGACAAACGAAUCGCAAUGGCAGAGCUUGAAGAUGAGUUCCCAAAUGAAUUGUUGGAUGACUAUUAUAAUAAACCAGAAACCAACCAUCAGAAACUAUUUAAGCUAUUGAAACCCCAAAUCCCAUCCAACAGUUUCAGUUCAUUGUCAGUGAAUGCUAAAAGGGUUGUUAUUGAAAUGGGAACGGAAGAUUUUGGGAAGAAUGAGAAUUGGAUGAAGUUGACCCAAGGAAAGGAAGAGGUUGGAUCAGCAGUUGAACUUGCGCUUUUCAGUUCGCUGUUGGAUGACUUCUUAAUUGAUCUCCUUUCCAAUUAAUUUCUUCAAUCAUUUUAUGGUUUGCGAAUGGGGGUUUCUAUCUUGUACAUUAUUUUUAUGCUCUAAUUCCAGUCUUAGCUGUUGCUAAA